CUCUAGUUGCCCUUAAUCCGACCUCGUGUGAUCUUCUUCGCCCUCCUCCAGCACCCUUCACCACCUCAAUUCCUUCGUAGAACUAUCGCCCAGACCCCCACCAUGGCCGACGAAACCCCCGACGUCGCCAUUGAGACCCUCCCCGAGCUUCUAAAGGAUGACACCGCUGUCAAGGUGGCCGGCGUCGACGUCGAUGGCAUACUGCGCGGGAAGCUAAUGGCGAAGAAGAAGUUCCUGUCCAUUGUCAAGGACGGCUUCGGAUUCUGCUCCGUCGUCUUCGGCUGGGACAUGCACGACCAGACCUACUUCAAGGAGCUUGGGAUCAGCAACAAGGAGAAUGGAUACAGAGACAUCAUCGCCGUGCCAGACCUCACCUCGUUCCGCAGGAUACCGUGGGAGAACAACGUCCCCUUCUUCCUCGUCAGCUUCUUCGACCCCGAUACCCACACAUCGCUGAGUGCGUGUCCGCGUUCUAUCUUGAAGCGCACCGUGGACAAGUUGGCUGAUAAGGGCCUGGGUGCUAUGGCUGGAGCUGAAUACGAAUUCUUCCAAUUCAGGGCCCCUGAGAACCCUGGGGCCACCGAGCGAAAUUCCUCCUCUACCGCUACCUUCCUCCGAGAUAAUCCUGUCAAUUCGCUCCCAUCGCUCACCGAGGGCAUGUUUGGAUACAGCAUAACGAGGCCUGUGCAUAACCAAGACUACUUCUAUAGCAUAUUUGAUACCUGCAAGAAGUUUAGGUGUGGCAUUGAAGGAUGGCAUACGGAGAGCGGGCCGGGUGUGUUUGAGGCCGCCCUCGAAUUUGGUGAAAUUACACAAAUGGCCGAUAAGGCGUCGCUCUUCAAGUUGGUGGUCAAGUCAAUAGGUAGCAAACAUGGCAUAACACCAUGCUUCAUGGCAAAACCUCGCGCCGGACUCCCAGGGAACUCAGGUCACAUGCACGUCUCCAUCGUAGAUAAGGAGGGCAAGAACCUCUUCUUCCGCGAGAAAGAAGAUACUGAAAACAAGUGGCAAGACCUCCGAUAUCUAUCGGAUAUGGGACGGCACUUCCUCGCAGGACUCAUUGAUGGCUUGGCUGAUAUCAUGCCAAUUCUUGCACCAAAUAUCAACUCCUACAAGCGGCUGGUGGAGAACUUCUGGGCGCCAGUGACAGUCUCAUGGGGUUUGGAACAUCGUGCUGCCUCUAUUAGGCUUAUCAGCCCGCCUACGUCUAGCCCGAAAGCAACUAGGUUUGAGGUCAGAGUCCCUGGAGCCGAUACUAACCCGCACUUUGUACUCGCUGCCAUUCUCGCGCUUGGCUGGAGAGGCAUCGAGAAGAAGUUGGAGAUCUCUGUGCCCCCUCUCGGGAAAGGAGAGGAGGUUGGAGGUGUCCAGGACAGGGGUGUACGAUUGGCGAAGUCGCUGAAAGAAGCCACAGAAACCUUCAUGAGGCCGGAGAGUGUAGCACGAGAAGUGUUUGGGGAUGAGUUUGUGGAUCAUUAUGGAGGGACGAGGGAGCACGAGAUCAGGCUUUUCGAUGAAGCUGUCACGGAUUGGGAGGUCCGUCGCUACAUCGAAGUGGUUUAAAGGCAGGAAUUUCCUAAGUUCUUGGGAACACGGAAGGUUGAUGUUUGGAUGCUUGAAAUGACUGUGAUCUAACUGUACGAUC